UGUUGGGGGAAAAUCCCCGUUUGCUCUUGUAGUUAUCCGAUAGUGUUGCAAUUAUCUUAACUGUUCUAGUCAAGCGUACUACUUCUUGUGCUGCAGCACGCCGCCAACUCGGAUGUUUUGUGAAAGUUAUUGUUUGCCUUGAAUUGUUAAUUCGGUUUAUAAUUGUUUUUUUCUUAUAAGUAUACAUAAUCGAUAAAUGUAUAUUUUUUGUAACGAACUAUUACUUGCAAUAAACUCUAAACCAACAGUGAUUCGAUAGCGCUUAUAGGCCAUUCUUUUAUUUAUAGUUUUUAAUGAUAAUCAUAUAGUUAAAUUUAAAUUUCGAUUAUUGGUGAAAAAGAAAGUGAUUGCGAAAGUAAAAUUAUGAUAUCUCGAAUACUGCUUGUAGCCUGGUAUGUCGGAAGCAUUUAUACAUUUCCGCAAAAUAUUCAAACUAGUCAAAUUGUCGAUUUUUCGUCUCCCGAAGAGGUGAAUGAUAUUCCAACUAGUAUCAAAGUGCAAAGAUCGAUCAAUAACAAUGUCGAAGUACAAAAUAUUGAAAAUACAGUUAAAGAGGUGGAAGAUCUUAUAAAAUCGAAUCCACAACUUCCUAGAUUGACCAGAGGAGAAAUUCUGGAUAUACUGGAAAACAUUACAAAGUAUGGUGAUAAUUUAGGUGAUAGUUUUAGUAAGCAAACCUACAGGGACCCUAAAUCACUCAUGUUAGUGAAGGCUUAUACACCUAUGGAAACCGGACAGAUUAUGGAAGAAUUCUAUACUAGAAAUCCUAUAACAACGAUAGUAGAUGACAAAAAUGAAGAAUUACAAGUUAGAAAAAUACCUACAACUAGCACCACUAGCACCAGUUUAACCGAUACUUCUACUAUUCCUCCCACUACUUCUACUGCAAGGAUUUAUUUUCAUAGAAAGUCAACAACGAAUAGUAGUGAGAAUAAACAAAGAAAAGAUAUUCAAAAGAAAAGACCUUUUAGAGGUAAUGUGCAAUUUAAAACAACAACGCCAAGCGAGAUUAGCACAACUGAACAAUUGUCUACGACCAAGAUCUCAUCUACGCCUCAAUUAAGAAGAAAACACACACCUAAUCUGAGUACUACAGAAGCAGUGACAGUCACAACUUAUCAUCCAAGGAAACGGGUAAAACCUGUGAAGGAAAUAAAAUACCCUAACCAUAAAUACCCUAUAGACUAUACAAACCCAUCGCCAGUUUACGUACCUGGUACAGGUUUAAAGUUUGCGUCUCAAGCCCAAAUACCGCCCUCUCAAAUUAAUGCCGAAUUAGAAGAUCUGUUGCCUCAGGAAAAUGAACAGCAAGAAAUAUUUCUUUCCGCGUCUGAUCUUAAUAAAGCUGAGAGUACUAAACUGAGUUCUUUGUCUGAACCUUCCAUAGAAAUUGAGGUACCAGAUCAUCUUAAAAAAGUGGUGGCCGAUUUGAAUCUGGGUGCAAUACAAGGAGAUUCCGAAUCUGUUUUUCCAGCACCUCAUUUUCAAGAUACAAACGAAACUGAAAAGAUUCAAAACAUUUUAGCGUCUAUAGGAUUAUACGGCCCAACAACGUCCACUACAACUGCAAUGCCCGACGCAGAAAUAGUAGCUGGAAGUUUAUCCCAAGAUAUGCAGGAUUUACUAAAAAAUUUUGGACUACUUUCCGAUGGUAAAAAAGAAAAUAAAGAAGAAAUUGAAAUGUUGAGCUUUAAUCCCGAAAGCGCAGAGACCAAUCCCGAAUCGUAUGUUAGUUUUAAACCAUUACCGGAGGAUUCUAAGUCACGGAAGGACAUGGAAAAACUUUUAGAACAGUUUGGUCUGCUCAACAGUAACGUUAAGGAAAGAAAGUUAACAAAAACAGGAAAGAAGCUUACAUUGAUUGAUUCAAAAGAGCCAUUAAAAAUGAAUGAAAUAAGUCUAGACGUCAUUCCAGAUAAUUUAAAGUCGCUGUUUGGAGAAAUAGGAUUCGUAUCAACGACGCCGAGAACUGGACGAAAAAUUCGAGAACAACCAAUCAAUAAAAAUAUUAUCAAAGAAGACUUACAACAUAUUAAUCCAGCUGGAUAUGGAUUGAAAACAAACUCCAAUACACCCGCUGAAAAUAUUGUACCUCUAAACGAGCAAGACUCCCUAAAUCCAAUUAAUUUUGAUGUAGAUGGUUUAAGAAAAAAUGAAGUUAAAAGACAAGACUCAAGUACAACUGUGAAAUCUGAAGUAACUGCAUCGACGGAAGCAACAACUACUAAGGAUAGUCCAUCUAUAAAAGAUUUAGAGGAUUCGUUCGGUGGUAAAAGCGACGCAGUAACGGAAUCUACGGAACGUGAAACUACACCAGAACCCGCCAAAACGGGUUUCUACUAUUUGCUCGACUGGAAUUCGUUCUUUGAAAUCGAUGAUCAAAAAGGAAAACACGUUAAUCUAAGAUUUCAACCGAAAGUUGGCGACCCAAAAAGAUUCUUUAGCGUUACAGUACCGUAAAAUAGAGGUGAAUAAAGCGUAUUCUUUUUCGGUUUUGUGUAUAUAAAAGAGAACAACGGACAAAUAGUUUAUUUUGCUAUUUAUCCUUAUUACAUAUUGAUAUUUUAGACUAGUCAUUUUUUAAUUAAUUAAUAAUAACAUUUUAAUUUAUAUUUAGAAAAAUAAAGAAUAAUAAUAAAGCGUAUUUU